UGUGUGCCGCAGACCGGCAGAUUAGCCCGGCUCAACGCGCUCUGUAGACAUUAAGAACAGCUCAGUUCUGAAAGGACGAGGCUCCUGCUCAAACAACCACCGGCUCUUUUUUUGUCCCCGGGAUCUAAGCAGCUCGGUUCUCGUGUACUGUGCGGCUCUUCAGUCCUUGAGGAAUGCCCAGAGAGCUGACCCAGAACAGGAUCCAAAAGAUCUGGGUGCCCACCAAGGAUGACAAGCCGGCACCCCGGAGAGCGGCUUGCGCCCCCCACUUUGCCAACCCCCCCACCGUUAUCGUGAUGGUGGGUCUUCCGGCUCGAGGGAAGACGUACAUGUCCAAAAAACUCACCCGCUACCUCAACUGGAUCGGCAUGCCCACCAAAGUCUUCAAUGUGGGAGAGUACCGGAGGGAGGCAGUCAAGAACUACAGCUCCUAUGACUUCUUCAAGUCUGAUAAUGAGUGUGCCGUGAAAAUCAGACAGCAAUGUGCCUUAGCAGCCUUGAGGGAUGUCAAAUCAUAUUUGAAGGAGGAGGGAGGCCAAGUAGCGGUCUUUGACGCCACAAACACGACACGAGAAAGACGAGACAUGAUCCUUCAGUUUGGCAGUGAGAAUAGCUUCAAGAUCUUUUUCAUCGAGUCGGUAUGCGACGAUCCCAGCGUGAUCGCGUCAAACAUCAUGGAAGUGAAGGUGUCGUGUCCAGACUACCGGGACUGCAACAAAAAUGACGCCAUGUUGGAUUUCCAGAGGAGAAUUGAAUGCUACAAAACCAGCUACCAACCUCUGGACCCCAAUCAGUAUGACAGGGAUCUCUCUUUCAUCAAGGUGAUAGACGUGGGUCGGCGCUUCCUCGUCAACCGGAUCCAGGAUCACAUCCAGAGCAAGAUUGUCUACUACCUGAUGAACAUUCACGUCCAGCCACGCACCAUCUACCUGUGUCGGCACGGAGAGAGCACCGACAACGUGGAGGGCCGGCUGGGCGGGGACGCAGGCCUCUCGCCGCGGGGCAAACAGUUUUCGGAUGCCCUGGCUCGGUUUGUGGAAGAGCAGCAGCUGAAGGAUCUCAAGGUUUGGAGCAGCCAGCUGUGUCGCAGCAUCGAGACCGCAGAGCACCUGGGAGUCCCGUACGAACAGUGGAAGGCUCUCAACGAGAUAGACGCUGGAAUAUGUGAAGAGAUGACGUAUGAUGAGAUGAAGGAGAAAUUCCCAGAGGAGUUUGCUUUGAGAGAUGAAGAUAAAUACUACUAUCGCUACCCUGCUGGAGAGUCUUACCAGGACCUGGUCCAGCGGGUGGAGCCAGUCAUCAUGGACCUGGAGAGGCAAGAGAACGUCCUGGUUAUAUGCCACCAGGCUGUCAUGCGCUGCCUGCUGGCCUACUUCCUGGAUAAGAGUGCAGAGGAGAUGCCCUACCUGAAGUGUCCGCUCCACACGGUGCUGAAGCUCACCCCGGUCGCCUACGGGUGCAAAGUGGAGUCCAUCUCUCUGAAUGUGGAGGCGGUGAACACCCACAGAGACAGACCUGAGGAGAUGAAGAAGGGUCCUGGCACCUUGAUCAGGCGGAACAGCGUGACUCCUCUGACCAGCCCCGAGUCAAACAUCAAGAAACCUCGCAUCGAUGACCUAGACGAGUCUCCGAUCCAGGAGCUGCCUCCACCUGUUGCCUCGCUGGCACUCUGCAGCCCCUCGCACCUUCCUAUCACUCUGGCUGGACAGCACUGGCUGGGCAAAGUUUGCCUACGAACCAUCCUCCAAUAUCUGAAAGCGGUUUCACUCUUUGUCUUUCAAAGAACCUGAGGAGAAACUCAUCUGGCCACUGGGAUGUCCUGCAGCCUUGCCAAUAAAACUGCACUGAUGUGUCACGUGGCACAAGAGGUCAGAAAGUGUAUCGCUGACAAAGGCUCACUGAAGGCAAUAACAUGAAAAAGAAGGAAGCGUUAAAUUGAUGAGUUAUUUGUCAGCCAAAGACACAAGUAACCACCUAUAUUGGCGUUUAUCAUGCACUCUUUUCUAAAAAUGCGUGCAAAAGAGCGUCAUGACGUAAUUGACUCCUUUGUAUGCUGACAUUAUAAAAUAAGCGAUUAUUUUGCACAGUGGGGAUACAUUUGUACUUUUGUUUUUAUUUUGUGUCACUGUAUUUCUCAUGUCACGUUGACUGUACUGAAGGUGAUUUUUUUGCCGUAGAGUGCCUGUAGUGCUUGUUUUGCAAGCCUUACGCCGCUUCUCUUGCCAUUUCUCUUUAAUUGAUUGCUCGAGAGAGGGCACCACAUUUCACCUAAUAACUCCACAUAUCACGUCAAUAUUUUACUUUUCACAGUUUGAAAUACUUAUUUUUCAUUGUGUUUAGUUUCAACGCUACGGUGCAUGCUGAUCAUUUAACAGUUCUUAAUUUUCAAGUUUAAUUAUUUCUUGAUUUCCUUUUGCUGUCAUUGUCUGCGACACAAAUGUAAGCACAUAUAUUUUGUUAUAACAAUGCGUGCUGUUAAUAAUAUCUUUGUAAAUGUUAAUGUAUAUACAGAAUAACUGGAGAUGCAUAGGAGAUGACUUUCACGGGAGACUUUUGAUGAAAAUAUGUGUGUAGAAGUAUUUUUGUACUAAUGGAAAUCUGUUGAGAAAGAAGCUGCUGCUCACCUCUCUCAGUAAAACUUUUGUUAACAAGUUUGCUUGACAUACUUGAAAUUUGUUUUUUGUAAAAACUGUUUUAUUAUAUUCCUUAUUUAUUUUGUAUGUAGUUUUGGAUGCUUGGAGCGAGAGGCACCUUGUUUUAAUUUGAGGACUAUGAAUGAGAGGACAGUAUGUUGUAUAGUUGAUUUUUGCAUCUGCUGGACCAAUAAAUGAACUACUGGAAAACAUA